AUGACCGUGGCUAACGCUAUUCAUAUGGUAAUGGUCAUCUCAACAAUAAUGCCGAUCAUGCUCAUCGAGGUCGGUGACGUUCAGAUUGGAGAUGACAGUCCGGAACGGAUGUGGUACAUUUGGGGUUCACGAGUACUUACGCUUACCGAGCAAGCUGUGCUCUACUUCACCCUGUUGAUGACGAUCAAUCGCUUCGCCGUGUUCGUCUAUCCGCAUCUUCUUGUCGCAUUCACUCACACACGUGGCUAUAUGAUUUUGUCGAUGCUGGCAUGGGCUUACAUAGUAUUCAUCGUUGCGUGGAAUGUCUACUCUGGUGCAACAAAGACGUUCUCGAGGAAGAAGCUCAGCAUGCAGGAUACAAUACUAGGAAACAAUUUGCUGACCACGGUGACCAAACUGACAAGUAUGAUCACACCAUUGCUGACCGGAGCCGAUUCGUGGGUUCAGUGGGUGUGGACGAUCUUCAGCUAUUCGUCGUCGAUUGUAAACCAAAUGAUUAAUCCACUUCUGUUUCUAACCAUGAACAAAAUGGUCCGUUCUGUGCUACGAAAUUUCUUUCGGUCGGCAUCCGGUAGCAUCAAUUCUGAUCUUGACGAAACGCCGAAGCGCAGCCAAUCCGCGCCGCCUGGACUCUAUCGAAAUCGUGUCGAAUGUUUUCGUACGCUCGAAACCGAAUGA